AUAUACAGUGAAGUUACACGCAACGCCACCAGGGUCCUUUCGUACCAAAUUAGCCGAAUAGGGUUGUGCUCGCUGCGCUGCCAAAUACCCAGUCUAUUCCCAGUUCUCUCACUUGAGAGAGAGAGAGGGAGCGAACUUUCUUGCUCGACAAUCUUCCUUCAACUCGAAGCUUACCUCGCCCAUUUUCAGAGGAGGUUUUAAUGCGUUAGUCUCCACAAGACCGUACAUAUAUCGAUAUACAUCUCCUAUAUUGCCGGCGAUGGCUCUUCCUAUUGGGAAGUUGACCAUCCUUGUUGGUGCAGGUAUUGUUGGUUCAGUACUUGCAAAAGAAGGACGUAUCUCAACUGUCUCUGAUUUUGUCUCGGGUGCUUUUAAGAUUGUUUUGAAGCAAAUUAAACAAGACGAUUCUUCUCCGUCAGUUAGUAAGCCACGCAAUGACUCUCUAAUGGCUCAGGUUAACAGCCUGCGGCAGGAGUUGCAAAUGUUGGCAUCAAACAGACCCAUUACGAUUGUAACUUCAAGUCAAAGAGGUGCUACCAGAUAUGGUGUUAUUAUCAUUGUGGUAGUUCUAGGAUAUGGCUAUGUCUGGUGGAAGGGCUGGAAACUCCCUGAUAUGAUGUUUGCUUCAAGGCGUAGUUUAUCUGAUGCUUGCAAUUCCAUAGCUAAACAGCUUGAGAGUGUUUAUUCAUCAAUCUCGGCCACUAAGAGGGGACUAUCUUCAAGAAUGGAUGUCAUGGAUUCUACUUUGGAUGAAUGUGCAGCAAUUACUUCUGAAACACAACAGGAUGUCUCUGAGCUACGAAAAAGAACGGAUUUUGUUGGUGUGGAUGUCAUAAAUAUUCAUGAUGCGGUCCAGACCCUAGAAACCAAGAUCAGUAGAAUAGAAGGGAAGCAGGAUCUUACAAAUGAAGGAGUAAGGAGGUUGUGCGGUUACGCCUGGAGCAUGCAAAAUAGCAGAACCACGGAAAGUAUUCAGGCUUCGCCUUCAAGUUCCUCCAGGCCAGCUCUUGAACCACCAGCCACUCCAUCAAGGGUGGUGUCAGCCAGUUCUUUCAGGCCAGCUCUUGAACCGCCACCAGUUACACCUUUGUCUAGGCAGACCGGAUCUUUGCCUCCUGUAUUAUCUCCUGAUCCUCUGUCUCCCUCAGAUUCCAGUGUAUCUCGCCAGAAUAUUAAUGGAAUUACAGAAGUGGAUGAGGCCGCAAGAAGUCAAGAGGUUUCUAAUGGGAUUCAAGCUCCCAAAGGCACAAAUAAUGGCACUUCGAGCUCCGGUCUGUUUGGGCUGAGGCUUCCUGGCAUCAGCGCUUCAUUUCUAACUAGAACGUUCAGUGCAGCAAAAGCAGUGCCACAACAAACAGUCCAAAGAGUAAAGGAACGGUGAGGAUCCUGUACUGAUCACAAAUAAGUCUACAUAAGGUAUAUAAUUGGACUCCACUCCGGGAUAUAAGCUUUCAGAGGUUUAUUGUGGCUGGCCUCCUCAGGUCCUCCGUCAAAUAUAGAUUGUUCCCAUGCCGAAUUAAUGGAUAAAGGACUGGGUACUGAAUUUUGUAGGGCUGCUGCUUAUGUAGAAUACCAUUUUAAUGGGAUUGCUCAUUAAAAAAAAAAAGAGACAAUUUUAAUAGGAUUAUUCUUGAAGUGUAACUAAA